UUUUUAAUUUUUCGAAAACUUUUCACUUACUUUGAUUUGUUUUAACCUGGUUUUAACUAAAAAAUGUCAAAUUGUGACUAUGAAGUGAAAAUAAUUCAGAAAGAAGACAGAGAGGAAGUCAGACAGUUCAUGCGAGAAUAUUUUAUGAAAGACGAACCCAUAUGCAGAUCGAUAAACCUCAUAAGUAAAGAAAAACCUGUAAAUUUACCUUUAGAAGAGUAUUUACUUCAAGACUAUGACAAUGGGAUAUCUACAAUGGCUGUGAAGAAUGGAAAAAUGAUAGGCUUAUGUAUAAAUCCAAUUUUGGAAAGGGAUGGAGAACAAGAAAAAGUUGAGAGUGAUAAUAAAGACUUUAUUACUAUUUACAAUUUUUUGAUGCAUAUGAAUGACCAUUCGGAUGCGUUUAAGCACUUUCCAGGUGUUAACAAAGCUAUCACAGUGAGCAUAUUGACGGUGGAUUCAAAAUAUAGAGGGAUGGGUAUUGCCAAAGAUCUAAUGGAUAGAGCGCAAAUCGCUGGUAAAGAACGAGGCUGUGGUUUCAUGGUAGUGGAAUGCUCUAGCCACUUCACAGCUUUGGCAGUUAAAAGAAUGGGAUUCGAUUGUAUAUAUACACUGCCCUACAAAGACUACAAAGUAGAUGGAAAAAUUGUAUACAAUACGGAACCUCCGCAUACGCAAGCCACUGUAUAUGUAAAGAAACUUUAACACACAUUUAAGAGAUAAAUUGAAAUAAAAAAAUGUUUUACAAUGGUUA